AAAGUAGAAGUACCAGAGUGUAGGAAUACUCUGUCACAGUAAAAGUAUUCUAAAUGUUCCUCCAGUGAAAGUAGUCCUUGUUUGAUCGGUAAAGUCUGAUUUAAGGGGUCAUUAUAUUUACCAUCAUUGAUCCAGAUCUGCAAAGUUACUAAAGGUAUUAAAUAAAUGUAGUUUAGUUUAUUUUGAAUUUAACAUGACCUACCUUUCGUGUCCCGGAAAGCCUAACCACACCCCCUGCUCCUUACUCUAAGCCUCCACCCCUCAUGUUUACCCUAUAAACCGCAUCACCCCAGAUCCUUCCUCACUGUGUUUUUCCGCUGUUGCUGUGUUUCACGGUUUUGAAGAAUUUACUGCCUUUUUGUUGUAUUUUAACAUACAACAAAACAUGACUAAGGUCAACAUCUGCCUCAAACGGCUUCUCACCAUCUUCAACAUCUUCUUUGCGAUUAUCGGCGGCCUCGUCCUCUGCCUCGCUUUCCUCACACAGACACUCACCUUCAGCCAUGUUCAGGUGGAGGGUCGUUCCACCGUCCUCAUCGCCCUGUACCUGUUUGGCUCCAUCACCAUGGUGAUCGCUGUGCUGGGGGCCUAUGGGUCUCACAAGGAGAGCAAAGGCUGUCUGAUCGCGUUCCUGGUCUGUAUGGUGAUUGGAAGUAUGGCGAUGCUCCGCACCGGGAUCCCUGCUGCCGCCAUGCGGCCGAAGGCGGCCGGCGUUCUGGAAGAGAAGCUACGGAUGUUACUGCCUCUCGACACGGCUACAAGCGAUGUGAGGGUAUUGGCUGAGAGUCUGCAGCUGCAGGCGCACUGCUGCGGUAUGUUCAGCUACAAGGACUGGGAGGACAACAUCCCCGACUCCUGUCUGUGCAGCCGAGCCGCGGAAAUGCAGGGGAUCUGCCAGAACGUCUUCAUCGGAAUGAGGUCGAAGGUCAUCUACGAGGAGGCGUGCUUCCCGAUCAUCCGGCACUACUUUCUGUUCGUCGUCGACUUCAUGAUCGGAGUCGCCUUCACUCUGGCGGCUCUGGCGCUGCUGGGCAUGGCUCUGAGCUCGCUGAUGAUCCACCAGAUGCGUUACACCAACCGCUCCCAGAUGGUGAUGACCGUUCCUGCAGUCUUCAGCGGCAUGCCGCCCAAAUACGAGGAGCUGCAAAACCCUCCGGAGUAUUAAACACUCCUCUUCUUCCUCCGGGACAGGAAGUCCACUUUAUUCCGAUGCAUUCUUCAAUUCCAGCGCCCUAACGUGCCUUACCGGGUUUUAUUCUGUAAUGCAGAUCAGCUUUCAGAAAAGCGGAAGUGCAUUUAUAAUCAUUUUCCUGCUCGGAUUGAAUCGGAUUUAUUAAUCACUGGUGUGUUUGUCUGAGUUAGUUCAUUUGAUUAAGUUCUGUCAUCACAACAUUAAACAUUAGAUCAUGUACGUUGAGAAAUAUGCACAUUUAGAGACUUUAUCCUCUAAAUUCAGAUGUUGUUCUAAUUGGCUCUGUGCAUUUUUUAACUGUAAUGAAAUAGUAAGAAAGUUUGAGUUUAGAUUAUUUCCCUUCAUCUGUUUUCUGAGGAUGUUUGUGUUGCAUAUUGGACAAAAAAAGACAAGGAUUUCCUUUUCAAAAGUGUUAAAAGAGAAAAUGACCUGGAAAGUCUUGGAGCCUUCUUCAUUGAAAUGCUCACUUGUUUGAUAAAGACUUUAAAAAUCAAGACGAAAAAAUCUGAACAUUAUAAUAUUUUUUAUAAAACACACAUUUCCCAGCAUCCUCUCUGUUCUGUCUAUUCAUUCCAUACAAUCUUCAUGAAAGCUUUACAUUUCCUUUAUCUGUCGUUGUCAGAUGUAGAAAAGCACCGUCUUUCCACUUUUCUUAUUCUUAAUUGGUGAUUGAAGUGCCUUAAAUGUUGCACUGGUAUUUUCAUGUGUUUCUAACGCACAAAGCUUUGCAACGUGAAUGUUUUUCUUCCACUUUGACUUUACCAAAAACAUGUUCUAUGUUCAAUAAAUCGUGUGUGUGAAAA